CGUUUACCAUAAUUUAGAGAGUAGACCUUCACCUUUAGAAAAUUGUAAACUGAAGAAAAUUGACGUCGAAGUUUCACUUUGAGGAGUUUCUGCUUGAUUAUACCAAAAUUUCACUUGGCUGAACCAUGUCAGAAAACACAGACUUUGGAAAUAAGAGAAAAAUUGAAUGUAACACCAAUGCAGCUUCACCAAUUAGCUUUAAGAAAGCAAGGUAUGCAUGGCAGAUCAAAGGAAACAGAAGGGCGUGCCCAGAAGGUGGUGUUUCAACUUCAAGUCAACAAAAAAAUGGCAGAGAUAAGUCAAGGAACAAUACAAGUAUGCAAGAAAGUACAAAUGCCAGAACUUUUAUCCAAAAUAAUUCUGUGGAUCGGAAUCCAAUUGAAAACCAUUUACCUGUGGUACAUAGGUUUAAACAUUAUUCAUGUGAUCACAUUUCCGAAACUACUCAUUUGCCAAAAUUGAGCACAUUUAUGCAUGCAUCAAGUCAUGUUCAAAAUUAUGAUUUACAAGAAGAUUCAGAUGUCAUGGAACCAUUUGAGGCACAGAUGACUACAUCUGUCAAACAGCUAAACAGAGCAAGAGAGUGUGUAGAUCGCAUAUGGCGCAGAGAAGAAGAAAUGGGCCAUGCAAUUGUAGACAAUAUGGUAAAUAAGAUACUUGAAGAAAUGGGUAUGUGUCCUGACCUUGAAACAAAUAAAGACAAGCCCACAACCAUGGCGAAAAAGUUCCUUGAAAGUUGCGGCGUUGACUUUGCUAUUGGAAGCCAGGGGCUGAACCCAAGACUUCAACAUUUGUGUGAUGAAAAUGAUAAUUUUUCAGACAUUGACAUCGAGGAAAGGUUCACUAGACAGAAUUGUGAGAAUGGUGGACCAAUAGUAGUUAAGACUGAGACGCAAGUAAGAAACAGCGAAUUAGAACAAUCUGACUAUAACUGCAAUACAUAUUCACAAAUGUCUUUCAAUGACUUAGGGAAUUUACCUGAUCAAAGGAAAAGUAGGAGGAGAGAAGAAAUUGCUUCCAGAAGUAUGGAAACAGCUAGUGACAAUUUGUAUUCAAAUACAAGUGAUAUACCAACAGCAAUAAAGGAUUCUCAAGCAAUAACUGAGACUGAAAAACUAGAGUACAUGAAUCUUGAGACAAUUGAAGAUUUGGCUGUGUCAGCUGCAAUAUUUUCCAGCGGUCUUGCUAUUCCUUGAAGUGCUGUUGAUUUCUUUAAAAUAUAUUUUUUGGUUUAGGUUUCACACUACUUUAACAUCAAAAUAAGACUUGUUGGUGAAUUGUGCGUAAAAUGUAUUUUAUUUAUUUUCAUUUAGAUAUGAUAUUUUAGUAUUUAACUUAUAAACUUGGAGUACUGAUGUAUUCCAAGUUAGAAUUAUUUCAUAGAGCAUUAGCCAAAGGGUUUCGUUACAAAACAUCAAAAUGAUAAACUGUUGAUAAGCUAUUGAUACACAUGUACAUGAUGCAAAGGUUUAAUUUAAUUUUUUAUUAUAACUUUGGUUUACAAUAUUUUUAUUCCAUUUACAGACUAUGUUUUACAGUUUUGGAAUUUAUUCUUGAUUUUAUUGUUGAACAAUUGUUGCAUGAUAUAUUUUUUUUGCUUUUAGACAAUUUUGCAUAUUAAGUCUAACUAUAAGUCAUAACUACAAUUUCACCAUUGACGUAUGCACAUCAUUUUUAGUAUAAACAGAUAUAUUCAUGAAUACCAAGUUUUAUGAUUGAACUAUUUCUUCAUUCAUAUAUGAACUGUUAUAGUCAGCAUCAUUUUGUGGUCUAUAGUAGAUGUAGAUUGUUGAACAUUAUCUGUUAUUGCUGAUAUCUAAACCCAAAAAAUAUCCAAAGCAUGCAACAUGAACUUCUUCCCAAAAAUUGGAUUAACACCACAGGGCCCUCGUUUUGCACUUUUUACCGCCGAAUAUCGGCGGCUUCGCCCAUGAAAAAAGUAUACUUUUUUCCCCUAUUAUAGCUAAAAAUUCCCCCCUCCAAAAAAAACAUUUUUUUUAUUUUUUUAACUUUUAUACCUAUGUUGCCUGCUGGUAUCGUGCUACUAACCUUUGAUUAAAUGUAUAUUUAUGUAAAUCACAUUAAAAUAUUAUAGUGCAAACAUGUACAAAAAAAAUGAAGUAAUGAGAGACUAAGUAAAAAAAAUCCCUCAUAAAAGGUAAUCUACGCAAAAAUUCCCCCUCAUGACGGCUGUGGGUGGCUUCCCCUGGCGGCAAGAGAGGGCCCUGCACCAUCACAUGCAUUACCUGAUUUGUUCUCUUCUUCCAUGCUAUUCUUUGUUUGUAUUGGACAUGUACCUUCAUGUUUUUUUGUCUCAAUGAAGACCAUAAAAAGUUUCUUUUAUCUAACAUAUCACUUAGUUUAAACCUAUUGAUUUUAGCUCUAUUGCAUUUAAAGCUUUAGGCUUAUUGAAACACUCACUUGUCCGUUUCCUGGUACUAUUGAGUUUCUUUGGGGGAGAUCGAAGGAACGCUCUCAGUUGGGAUCCAACCUGUCACAACAUAUCCACUAUGGCACUGUGACCUAAAGGUAAUAGUCAUAUUUGACAUGGUAACAUCAUAUCAAUUAUCAUUGUGGAUUGUUCAACCUUUAUAAGUACUUAACUGUAUACAUGAUAAGUAUCUGAUUCUCCUUGCGCACAUAAUGAUAUGUAGCAUGUAGCACUUUUAAAUAUUUGUUAAUUAGAUAAAAGUUGUUGGUGGAGAUUGUAAGGAAUAAUAUUAGUAGUUUUCUUUCAUAAGUCCAUAAAAUAAAUGCUGUAUUUGUGUAAGUCAUACUUAAGAUCUUCUAAAAAAUAUGCAGUUAUUGAUCUAUUUAGUUUAUGUUUACGAGCAGGUUUAAGCUGUAUUAUUUCGGUAAUAAAGCCACGUACCCCUA